CUUUGACGCCGGAAGUAAAUUUUCCCCCAACAAUACUGGAGGCAUUGUUUGUGUUGAAAUGCUGUGGAGUUUCUUCACGUUGUGUGUUUGUGACAGUAAAAUAAAUUUUAAUAAUCGCUGUAGUGGAUGUUAAAGUUGUUUUUGUAGGAAAUUUGUUUCGCAGCAGGAACUUAAUGCCUGUUUGUCUCCGUUAGCUUAGCUUUUUUGUUUGUAGCUCGGCGGAGGCGUGAGUUUAUCUUAUUAUUACUCCAUAACAAUAUCUGUGAUUAUUUUAUGAUUGUAGCGGAGAUUAGACUCGGUGUGAAGAUGAGUUUAGCGAACAGCAGAGAACAGAGAAGCACCGCCGGGAACCGCAUGACCAAAAUCCUGGAAGCGGAGGAAGAGGACGAGUUUUACAAAACCACAUACGGAGGAUUUAAUGACGAGUCUGGUGAUGAUGAGUAUCACGGUGAUCACUCGGACACUGAGGACGAGGUGGACAGUGACUUCGAUCUGGACGAAGGAGACGAACCAGACAGUGAACAGGAAGAGGAGACACCACGCAGACGGAGCCGCAUCCUCACUAAAGCUUACAGAGAGCCCAUAAAGGUAAUGAAGCCCAGGGUCAAACAUCUAUCUGAGGAGCCGAAGGCUGAGAAACAAAAAGCAGAAAAACGUUCAGCCCAGGAGCUGCAGGAGAUUGGAGAAAUGCGCAAGUCGGUGAGGAAGUCGACUAGUGAACACACGCGGAAGACGUUUGAGCGUCUGCAAGAACGUCAGCAGGAGGCGCCGAGACGCCGCAGAGUUCACAGAGACAAACCUCUGAGUCAGGAAGACUUACUGAGAGAAGCUCAACACACUGCACAGAGCAACCUGGAGUCACUGGAGAAUUACGAGCGUCUCGAGGCUGAUAAGAAGAAGCAGGUGCAAAAAAAGAGGAAGUUUGAGGGACCGACAAUCCGUUAUCACUCCGUUCUGAUGAUGUCUGAGCCGCCACUCAAAGACGAGAACGUGGAUGUAGAGGGGUUGGAUCAGGACACGCCCCUCUCAGCUUCCUUUUCCUGUACUGCAGCCACAGGGGCUGGAGCUCUCUGCUCGCGCACCUUCAUUACCUUCAGUGAUGAUGAAUCGUUUGGGUCUGCUUUCCCACAGUUGGGCCGUGUCAGCCCUGACCUACCCAUUCAGGAAGUGUGUCCCGUUACCCAUAAUCCCGCUCUGUAUCGUGACCCAGUUACUGAUAUCCCAUAUGCUGAUGCACGCGCCUUCCGGAUCAUUCGCGAAGCUUACCGUAAAUACGUUGCUGCACACGGCUUCCCUAAUGACACAACUCACACAUCUUCACACACUCACGCCGAGCCAGCUGGGGGCGCCAAAAGCCUACGUCUAAAGGGAAUGACUGUCUAAACACACACACACACUGCACUGUUAUUGUUAUUCACACAGAUUAAAGAUGAUCAUUUAUUCUUUUC